GAACAACAGAGCCACACAAAGCAGGCAAAGAGCCUGCGCCCAAAAAACACAGUCAAACACAAGAAGGCGAACGGAGCGACACGCCCCACCCGAGCAAACACGAGCAAACCCGAACAGAAAACAAACGCGCAACCUAACAGAGAGCCCGCAGCACCAGCGCAGCAACGCGCACCCGAGGCACCACACGUACACCAACGACAGCAGCCAAAGCACUGGCCCCCACAGAGCCAACCGCAGCACCCGAAGCAAACCGACCGCGGCCCCACGCCGCGGGCCGCCACUACCGCGCAAGCCGGCGCAGGAGCCGGAGCAGCCGCCGCCAGCGCAUAGACGGCGCCGCCAGCGCCGGCGGGGCCGAGCGAUCCGACGAGGAGUGGAGACAGAGGAGUCAGGGGCGGGCAGGGCGGGCACUUGAGUGAGGACGUUCGAAGCAACGUCUAAAGGCUCUCACUAUGAAGGCGGAAUAGAGAAGCCAUAGAGGGCUGGCGCCAAAGAGGAGCCAGCCCGUACGGCUUCCGAAUGGAAUCUUUGGCCCCUACGGUCCUCCGCCUCUAACCCCACAUAUGUCCACCCGUGAAUCCUUUGUGCAGCGUGCAGACAAUCCGCAUCUGUGCACCCCUUCUCCAAUCGUGCCGGUUAUAAGCAUGCAUGCACGAUCAGCACGUUCAGGCAGAUUCUUCCUUUAAUUACUCUAAAGCCACAUGUAUUAUUCGUUGAUUAUACACAGCAUUCACCGGCACUCGUGAGUGCUGGAAAGCUUUUACAGAACAACACUACCAAAUGCGACAUAGUUGUGGCAGGACGCACGUCGCCAGCGAUGCUAGCAUCGGCAAUCGGCGAUUGUCCGUUAGGGCCUGGCAGGCCGGAGCUAAACGCGCGACAUGCCUGCGGCCUGCCGCGUGGCUCGGCAGGGAAGCGCCUGCGACCAGCUCCGCUCGGAAACAAAAGCUGCUGGAGCUGACCAGUGGCACCUCAUAUGGCGCGACGUCUGACAGCGAGACAGCACAGCAGAUCGAGCGCCUGGUGGACGAGCUAUCCGGCGGAAGUGGCAGUAGCAGCGGCAAGGGCGUGGCAGCGGCCACAGCCUUAGACGGGUCGUGGCGGCUGGUGUACACGACGGAGAAGUCGGUGCACGCAAUCGUGCGGGGGCUGCCGGUGUGCUUCGUGGGCCAGCGGGUCUCCACCGUGUCAAGCCGGGUAACCAACAUGAUCGACUUUCUCCGGUCGGAAAGUGGGGAGGGCAGCUUCGGCUUGCGGGCGAGCGCGCCUCUCACGGUCACCGGCCCCAACAGGAUUGAGUACCGUUUCGACGGCUUCAAGCUGCUGCUGCCGUGGCGGCGCGGCGGCGCGGCACCAGCAGCAGGCGGACUCUCGGCGGCGGCCGGCGGCGGUGAGGGCAUUGGUGGCAAGGGCGGUGGCUCAUCACGCAGUGCUGUGCUCCGGAGGGAGCAGAGGGACGAGGCACGGCUGGCAUUGCCGCUGCCCACGCCGCGCGCGGGCGGGUGGACGCAGGGCGUGUUUGUGGACAGCGAGGUUCGGGUUAUGCGGAACAGCCAGGGGGACACGCUGAUAUUUGUUCGCGAGGAGUAAGCUGCGGCACGCGUUGCUAGACCCGUAGUGCGUCGGAUGGUGUGUGGGGUGUGGGCUGAUGGAGACGACAAGGAUAAGUAAGGCAUGCCUUCGACAUUGCCAGCAUGUUAGAAAGCGCAAUAAUGGGCUGCUGUGCACAUGUGUCAUUGCUGAUGGGGAGGGUGCAUUGAAGCGUUGUAACAUUCAAGUCCU